GCCGCUGCUUUCUGGGGGGGGGGGAGAGACUCUUGUCUUCCUGUCGGUUCGCGGAUCUCUGGCUCCCUUCGUAUCUGAUUCAAUGUUAGCUCAGUCGGGUAGCGAACCUCUCUCCUGAACGGACAGCAUUUUGUGCACCAACAUGGACUUCUUGCUCCAGGUGAAAAUAGGCGCUCUGAUCGGUUUAUUGCUCCUGACUCUCUUUUUUGGAUUUAUCCCCGCUCGGGUCAAAUGUUUCAGAGACACACACGGGACAGACAACCACCGCACAGUUCUGAGUCUGAUCAGCUGCUUCGCCGGAGGGGUUUUCCUGGCAGCAUGUUUUCUCGACAUCAUUCCAGAUUAUCUGUCCGACAUAAAGGCUGAGCUGGACGCUCGGUCGGUGGAGACCAGUUUCCCCCUUGCAGAGUUCAUCAUGGCCGCCGGCUUCUUCAUGGUCCUCAUCCUGGAGAGGGUCGUCCUGAACUGUCGGGAGAUGCGGGGGACUCGGGAGGAGAGGGCCCCCCUCGUCCCGGACGACAGAAACGGCCACGGCCACGGAACCGGCCCCGACCUGGAGGGCAGCGGCCACCACGUCCACGUGGACUUCCAGGCUCACUCGCCCUUCCGCUCCUUCAUGCUCUUCCUCUCCCUCUCGCUCCACUCGGUGUUUGAGGGCCUCGCCAUCGGCCUGCAGAACACGGACGCCAAGGUGUUGGAGAUCUGCAUCGCUAUCCUGGUCCACAAAAGCAUCAUCGUGUUCAGCCUGUCGGUGAAGCUGGUCCAGAGCGCCGUGCGUCCGCUGUGGGUGGCCGCCUACAUCGGAGUGUUUGCCUUGAUGUCGCCGAUAGGCAUCGCCAUCGGCAUCAGCGUGAUGGAGGCCCGGCUGGCGGCGGGGGCGCUCAUCCAGGCCGUCCUGGAGGGGCUCGCCGCCGGCACGUUCGUUUACAUCACCUUCCUGGAGAUCCUGCCGCACGAGCUCAACUCCCCCGGGAAGCAGCUCCUCAAGGUGCUCUUCAUCCUGCUGGGCUUCAGCGUCAUGGCGGGUCUGACGCUUUGGGACUGAGGCGACCGCGCCUCACUUUUGCACUGAAAGACAAACUACCCCCCCCCCCCCCCCCAUCACCAAAGAAGAAAUAGGUUUGCUUGCGCACUGUUACACCAAACUCUGGUGCUUUUUUUUUUAAUGUAAAAGGGAGCCCGAAAAAACAGAUGCGGACGUUGAAUCGUUUUUUUAAAUAUUGUUUUAAAAAUUCAUAAAGCAGUCGGGACAAUUUAUGCAAAAUCAUUUCUUCUGUUGAUGUAAAGAGGAACUGCGAUGAUAAGUGUGUUGAAAGACUGAAAGUGGCACAAGGGAACAAAAGUGGUUUGCUGAUUUAUCACUAGAUUUGUAUUGCGACAUGCUUUGGACCUUCAAACUAAAAGAAAGCCUUUAAGGGGAAUCCACUGGAAACAAAAGGCCAUGUUGUACGUACAAUUCAGUUAAUCAAGUCAGUAAGUCAUUAUCACAAUAUUUACACAAUUUACUCAAAAGUAAUUCCAACUGGAAGCUUCUUAUUUCCAUAAAGCACAGUUUGUUAAGGUGUUUUAAACUCUACUGCUGGAGGGUUCUUCACUUGGUGGUGUUUCCUCUGACCCAGGUCCAUUUGGUAAACCCUGUCACUUUAGAUCUACAUUCUACUACUUCUCACAUACCAACACAUAAUGCCUUUGUCCAGUAAACUGGCAUAUUGUAACCUGACUUCCUGAUGCCUUAAGAGGUUAAAUAUCCUGAUAACAAAGAAGAGAUGCAUUGAUGGUGAAAACAUGAGCUAUUUAUUUGUAAAGUGCUUUUAGUUCUUUAUCAUGGUUGGGGACACAUUGAUGAGCUCUAAAUAUAAGCGCAGAGAGAAGAAAAGAUCAAUAAGUAAUGCUGCCAACUCACAAUUUAUUGUAUUUUACUUGCACAUUCUUUGUAUUUGUGUCUAGAAAUCAAAUCAAGGAGGACACCGCAGUACUUUACAUGGUCCCACUGACACUCAAUUUUAUUUUGUUUAUGAAGUUGUAGUUCUGAACUGUCUCUAUUGAGUCACUAUUCCUCUUUUAGUCUGUCAUGUGAUCGGUGGACGUGAGAAUAAAAAGGAAGACGGUGUGAGUUUCUUGCCAGAAAAACUUACACAGCAAAAAUAAAAGUGCCAAUGAUAAUGUCAUGAAUGUUGUUUUUUGCAUUUGUAAAAAGUCAUCUGAUCAACACUAGUGACGCGAAAAUGCCCCCCCACUGUUUAACAUUUGUGUUUUUUUUGUUAGAAACUUUUGCAUUUCACGUGUAAAAAUAAUCCUUUGUUUGUACAGCUGUCAAGGAGAACUGCAUUUAUUGUUUCUGUCCUCAUGAUUAUUGAUCUCACAAGUCUUGAUCAGAUUAAAGAUACAGGAGCGAUUUUCGCUGUGCAAAAGUUGCUUAUAAUGAAUUCAGAAUGGACAUUUUCA